AUGUUCGACCACGACUGGUGGUCCUGGCCGGCCACUCGACACUACACGUAUCGCUACAACCUCCUAGACGCCGACAAAGAUGAAGCUUCGCUCGACGAGGGACACGGGGAAAUUCGUCGACAAUCCCGCGGUCCGAGUGCCUGUGUCCUCGCCUUCUACGCUGGGACAUUAUACGAGUACGAGAGGAAUACUAAGUGGUCCAGCGGGGAUAGGGGCCAGUUACAGCUCCGCACCAUCGAGUUCGAAUUGGAAUACAAUGCGAGCUUUGGCGACGCACCCAGCCCCGUCACCGAGGCCGCCUGGGACGAUUUGUUGCCCGUGCAGGGGGGUUUCUUUCAACAUCCCCAGAUUGCCCCGUCACGGUCUGAUUUUGCGGUAUUCCACCAGUUGCAUUGCUUGAACGGAAUCCGACAAGCCUACUGGUUCACCCACGCCGUCGCCACGGGCGCCGCCACCCUCUCCGCAUCAGCAGAUGGCACCGACGCCGCCGACGUCUCGGAGAUGAUCUCCCCCCGCCACAUCAGCCACUGCGUCGACCUGCUCCGCCAGGCGCUCAUGUGCCAGCCCGACCUGACGGUCGAGGUCAAGGACGAGCGCGGCGGCGUCACGGGAUUCGGCACCGUGCAUCAGUGCAAGGACUGGGCGCAGCUGAUGGCCUGGAUGGCCGAGUGGGAGACGUACGGGCAGACCGACGAGGAGGCGUACGAGGCUGGGGAGAGAUAUCGUCAUCAUCAUCACGACCACCUUGGACACGUGUAG